UUUUUUUAUAAUUUUUAUAUGUAAACCAGACAAAAAUACAAAAAAUUCAAUAAAAUUUUCAAAUUAUCAUAAAAAUUGGAAAAUACUAUUGAGAAACAUUAAAAAGCGCCACGUUUUGCAAAUAUUUGCUGAAUUCGUCUGCGAUUCUGCCUGAUGUCUGUACUACCUCGUGGUUACGAAUGCUGCCGGCCGUGUCCUAGGUACGGCUGUGUACGCGGUGAGUACAGCAUCUACCACAAGCGGCCACGCUGCGGGCAGCCCCGGCCCCAGCCGUUUCAAAGGGAGUGCGCCUGCUAUUGCAGUGAACCCACUAACGCUCCAAUGGAGAUGCCAUGCCGCUACGAUAUGCCGUGCAAGGCGCACUGCUUCAACCACGGUGCGUGCACUCGGCCCAGCGGGCGCUACGCGCGCACCGUGUGGUACCCCGGCGAGUGCUGCCCCGCCUGCCCGCCCUGCCAGACCUUCACGUGCCCUAGCCCGCCCUUCCAUCCGUGCUGCUACCAGACCUGCAACAAAUUCUGAGGGGUAUCUUAUAUAAAGGCUUGGCAUUCAGGUGAUGUGC